GGACGGAUGGUGUUGGAUGCCUUGAUGAAGAUUAAGAAUGAAUGUGAUGGUUCCCUCACAUUUCGUAGAUCAUGUCGUGAGGGGAUAUGUGGGUCAUGUGGAAUGAAUAUCAAUGGGAGAAACCAGUUAGCAUGCCUCAGUUUUAUUGAUCAGAACUUAAAAAAGCCAACCAUAAUAUAUCCUCUUCCACACAUGUAUGUCAUUAAAGAUCUUGUGGUUGACAUGAACCAUUUCUUUAAACAAUAUGCUUACAUAGAGCCAUGGCUAAUGAGGAAAGAAGAUGAACAAACAUACUGUGGUAUACAGUAUUUGCAGUCUCAACGAGAUGCUAAAAAAAUGGAAAAUCUCUAUGAAUGCAUUUUGUGUGCCUGUUGCUCUACGUCAUGCCCUUCGUACUGGUGGAAUGGCACUAAAUUUCUGGGACCAGCAGCACUCCUGCACGCAUAUAGAUGGAUAAUUGAUUCACGUGAUGAAUACAGUGAACACCGACUGAGAAGAAUUAAUGAUAGUUAUUCCGUUUUUCGAUGUCACACGAUCAUGAACUGUACUGUUGCAUGCCCUAAGCACCUGAAUCCUGGCAAAGCAAUAGCUGAAAUCAAAAAACUUCUAGUUGGACUCAGCAAGAAGGAGGAAGCAGAUAUGCCCCCAGCAAAACUGCGUGAGGAGUAAACCUGCAUUGAUAUUUCAGCUCUUCAAUAUAGAAGAAAUGCUAUGUAUUACUGCUUUGUGUAAAUAAAUAUAGAAUGAAAAUACAUGAUUUCACAUUUAAGAUAGGUAUUGUACUACAGACUGCUUGAAAAUAUUGUUUAAUACAGCACUUUGUUUGGUAUUUCCUACAGUAUAUGAAAGUGACUUCCCAUCCAGCCAUUUGUUGUGGGAGAGAUUUUGGAGUUGUAGGCAAAAUUUGAUUUCAAUAAAUCAUUUUGAAUUAACUGAUGCAACAUAG